AUGCCCCGCGAGGAAUACCAGGUGCCCUCCGCAUCCACCGCGCGCGGCAACACGCGCGACGACCACUCCCGCUCGGUCAUGACCUACAUCUGCGGCGACUGCGGGAGCAGCGUCACGCUGGGCAAGGACGCCCUGGUGGCGUGUCCGCAUUGCGCGGGGAGAGUCCUGUACAAGGAGAGGACAAAGAGAAUGGUCCAGUUUGAAGCUCGGUGA